AUGAGUUUCUUGAUAAAAACAUUGCUUGGAGACGGUGUAGUACAUCCACCAGAGGAUGGAGUGGAUAAAGAUAAACCCUCUACACAAGAGGAGCAAGGGAAACAGCGAGUUCCCACACGGACACUUAUUCUCCGAAUUCAAUCUUGUACAGUAGCUCAAGAUAGACGUGAUGCAUUGAAAGAAUUACUAUCUUGUACAGAUCUCCCUUAUGUUAUGGCAGCAAAAGAAGUUUCUUAUCUUUGUAACGUGCUUCGAAAUUUUCCUGAUGAUGAAGAAAUUGUGGAAUCAUCACUUGCUGUUUUAUCUAGUAUUACCGAUUUAGCUGGAUAUCCAUCAGCUCCUUCUACCUACAGUGUAUCUGAAAAAGAGAAGAGACGCAUUCGUGAUUCUUUUUUACAUGAAUUAAUUUCAGAAGUUCCUCUGUUUUUAAAUCAUGUAAAUAAAGGUUCUUUUUGGUCCCGUUUUCAUUCUGUUCAAAUGUUGCAACGAUUAGAAGAAUAUGAUUCUUCUGCAGUACAUAAACUUCUGCUAUCUUCUCAUGGUAUAGGUGUAUUGGUUGAUAUACUAAAUGAUAAUAGUCACGGUGGAGCUCUUAGAAAUGAAGGGUUAGUCUUAUUUACAGCCAUUACCGCUACUGAUACUGAAUUACAAACACUUUUAGCAUUUGAUAACGCCUUUGAGACUCUUUUUUCUGUAGUUAAAGAAGAAGGAGGACUUGAUGGUGGUGUUAUUGUAUCAGAUUGUUUAACCAUUGUUCAUAAUAUGUUACGAAAUAAUAAAGCUACACAAAAACUCUUUCGUGAAAUGGGUUGUGCUCGUCUUUUAUGUUCAUUAAUAGAGGCUGUACCGGAACAUGUUAAAAGUUCUAUGAAAAACAUUGUAUCCCAAAAAAAACAAGGUGGUACUAAUGAUGGAGAUGAUGCAGAAACAGGUUUUACACCUCUAAGUAAUGUACAGAGUGUUGUGGUACUUAUGGCAGUAUCUAUUUUGAGUUGUAUUUUACGUGAAGCAGAAGCUCAUCAAGAAGGUCCUACAGCUCAAGAUGCACUUUUACAAAGUGGUGUUUUAGACCCAUUGGCUUCUUUAGCCCUUGUUGGUGCAGCUGUUGAUGACGCUGCUCGUGUAGAAGCAAUGCGGACAUUAGCGGUUCUUCUUAAUGGUAGAAGAGUAGGAAUUGAGAAAUUUUUACAACUUCAGGUUGUGACGUUACUUCGUGGUGAGGCUCCUAUGCAAGUGGAAGAGUGGACUGCCUUACGUGCCCUUCUUCAUGUUUUGUUAAGAGUGGAAGAUAGGGUUAUGCAAACUGCUGCUGCACAAACAAUUUUUGCUUUACUUUCAGUUCCAGCCUGUGAAGGCCGGGUGGGAAGUAUACUUUUAAAAGGAUUUGCUUCACCUUCGUCCUCACCAUCAUCAUCAACAACAAAAGCAUCUGUGACGAUGGUAGCAUCUAAAAAUAUACUAACUCCAGAUUGUGGUUCAGCAAUAUCUAGUGCUAUUUUUGGAUCCUCAGGAUCUACUGAAUGCAGUGGUAAAUACUACGCUGCACUUUUAUUGGAACGUUUAUUGUGUAUACCUUCUGCUGUCGAAGAAAUAGAUCUUUCAGAACAACGAGAGUCAACAACAUUACCUAUCCCGAAACAAUCUACAUCUCCUGUAACAAAUAACGUUUUUAUUGCUUACGUACAAUAUGUGACAAAAUGUUUCCGUGGUCAAGGUGAAAUGGAUCUCAAUACCCUCAGUGCUUGUUUUAGAGCACUUUUAAGGUGGAUAAUGAGCAGCAGGAAGGCUGCCUUGUUAUUUUUGAGUAAUAUAGGGUGCUAUAAAACCCUUUUACAGCGAUCAGGACAAGAUAAUGGACCAGUACAUGUUCGGUUUUGGGCAGCUGUUCUUUGUGCCGCAUUAUGUGUUACUGUUACGAAGGAAAAACUUAGUGUAACUAGUGAUGUUGCGGUACCAGAAGAACAAAUGAAAACUGAAAAAAGAAGUAAAAGUGAAAUGGAUGAUGGGACAUCAUCAGUAUCAUCAUCAUCAUCAUCUGCUCUUGGUAGGCGGCAAUUGUUGGAAUUAUUUUUAAAUUAUUUGGGUGGUCCUGCAAUCUUUGAUAGUCUCCUUUUUGAUGUAAAGGCUUCUAGUCCAGUUUGGUCAGAUCCACCAAAGAACGCAUUUCUUAAACCAACUCCUGUCCUUUAUGAUGAAAAUAUUAAGACUAUGAUAUUAGGUAUUAUUAAGGAUUUUAACGGUAUUUGUCCAUCUCGUGGACGAAUUCACGAAUUACAGGUAUCAGCAUCUUUAGAUGAAGGUGCUAUACCUUCAGCUCAUGCUAGUACCUCUGAUGAAGUGUUGUACUCUAAUAAACCUCUUGAUAUAUCUAGUAAUUCUGCUGCUGUGAAUACUUUCUUAGCGGGUCAAACACUCCCAGGAGUAGCAUUGAAUCCCCCAGAGUCUCAUGAUGGAGGUGAUACCCUCUCGCAAUCAAAUUUAAAAUCACUGAGAGAAUCAACUCCAGAAAAGGGUGAAGGUGGUGAAGCUGUUGCUACUGCUGCUCUUCGUGAAAUGUAUGAAACCCAAAUUGCGACACUUACCCAACGAAACACUGAACUGGAACGUGAGUUGCAUCUAUUACAAGAUCAGGUUAAAUUUGAUGCUGAGCAGCGUGAGGCGGCCGCUGAUCGGGAGACGAGGCAGUUGGAGGAGAUGGAGAGUCUGCGUGAGCAUAUCCGUGUGCUGGAGGAGGCUCUGGGGGCGGAGGAGGAGCAGCGUCGGGUGCUGGCCCAGUCGCUGAAUAUGUUGGAGGCGCAGUUGCAGGGGGCCCGUGGAGCCCCCGGGGGCGGGAACGGCAAUGGGGAGGCGCUGGCGCUUCUCGAGGAGGUCCGGCGGGUGACGGAUGAGCGGGAUGAGUUGCUCGUGCUGGCGGGUGAACUCGCGGAGUCGCCGGCUUUGCGCCCUUCUGACCUCCCGUCUCCCUCCCCGCCGCUCCCCCCGCCCUCCGCCGCCCCAUCGGUCGCCCCAGAGGCGAUGAAGGAGGAGAGAGGGGGAUACUUUCACCACCAACUCCCCAUCGGAGGGAGCGAGUCUACACCAUCACGGGCACAGAUAUUUGACUCCCCAGAGCCAAACAAUCCCACUGGGAGGUUUUCAACGUCAUCGGCGCAGCAGGGGUUGCAGUAUCAAUAUCAACAUCAUCACCGUCUUCAGAUUCCAGGUGGGGCACCAUUUGAACGUGUUGAAACAAAUGGACAUGAUAGGGGUGGGAUUAUGUCAAAUAUUCCAGUCGAUGGAGGCAGAAAUCCGUUUGCUAAUAUAUCUUCAGAUGAUUUCAUGAAUAAUGGAGAUGGUGAAGUUCCUACAGAGGAGGUGGAAAAACAACCUGUGUUCUCUACACCGAAUCAAAGACGUUCUGUACCUUUGCAUUACAAUCCCUUUGCAAAUAUGUCAGACCCAGGUCCUGAUGAUGACCCUGGAGAUCUGCGGUAA